CUUUUUUGCGCAUACAAUAUUUUUUUAUAGUAUUCUAAUAUAUUGUUAGAUAUUGUAAAGAAAACAAGAUACAGUUACUAAAGUCUGGGAACAUUCAAUGUUAACCUUACUUCAAAAAAUAAUCUUUCGAAUAUUCAUUCGAAUUCCCCCAUUUAGGGGAAUAGAUUUUUAGUAUUAUAGUUGGUAUAAUGUCAUCAUUGUUUACAAUGUGUUACAGUUAAAGAAAUGAGACAAAUUAAUAUUUCAGAAGGAAAUUCAAUAUUUAAAUGAUGUUAUUUUAAAAUGGCAGAUGAUAUGAAUGUUCUUUUUAUACGAGGAAAUGGAAACUCAAUUUUUGAAAAAUGACAUAUAUGAUAAUUUGCAAUAAUUUGAUAAUAAAAUACUUGUAUCAAUAUUAAUAACGUAUAAUUUGCUAUCUCAAAAGGAUACAGACACAGCCAAUGAUAAUGUUUGGGAUGAUAGUGCAUUAAUAGAAGCAUAUGAUAAAGCAAUAAAUUUAGCAAAAGAAGAAGUUAUUAAGCGAAUGGGUAUGGAUGUAGAAAAUUCUCAACCGCAAGAAAACCUACAAAAUUUUAAGCAGCCUAAGCGCGCAAAUAAAUUACACAAGAAAUGGAUUAUAGGAGCACCUUGUCGUGCAAUAUAUUCAGAGGAUGGAGAAAUUUAUGAAGCUAUAAUAUCAAAAAUUUACGAAAACAAUGGAACUUGUGUUGUAAAAUUUGUAGGUUAUGGUAAUACAGAGAAAGUCGAGUUGAGCUCUCUUUUAGAAUCAGAAGGUUUGCAAAGUCAAAUAGCACAACAAAAGAAAGCUUUGGAAGAGAAAUUCAAUGAAGGAAAUGAGACUUGUGAGACUAAUUUUUCUACAAAUGUAAAUUCGAAAAAAUAUAAUGGAGAAAAAAUGGAUUGUGACUCUGAAGAAGCAAAUGCGUAUAAACAUCAGUUCAUACCGGGACCAUCUUUCAAUUCGAUGACUGAUAUAAUGCCACCUGCACCUCCUUUACCACCUCAAUUAAUGGCCAAUUUAAUAUGGAUAAAAUAUAAGUUUCCAAUUUUAUUUGGAAAAAAAUACGAAAUUUUAACAAAAUGUACUAGAUUACCAGACAAUGAUACAGACGCACUUUCAAGUAUGUUGAUGUCAUGGUAUAUUAGUGGUUUUCACACAGGUUAUUAUCACGGUUUGAAACAAGCAAGAAACAAUCAGGAGAACAGGAAGAACUGAUAAUUAUAUCAAUUUUUUCAAUAACAAUAUAACAAUAAUAAUAAGAUAUAAUAAGAUAUAAAACUCAUUGUAUUUAUUUACUUUAAAUUGUAGUAAUAAUUUCAACUAAUAUUAAUACUGUACUGUAAUAUUAAUAGAAAAAUAAUAUCAAUUAUUUGAAAUAAAGAACAGCUUUAUUUUCAUAUGA